AUGUGCGACUGCGCACUGAGUCAGAGAUCAGGAAAGGGAAAAGGCCAAAGGAGAUGCGUCGUGCAUCAUAUCAUAGGUUACCGUCCAGACGGUAAGGGCAAGGCUGUCCACAGGAUCAGUCAGGUGGUGGAACGGAGCAUGGAUGUACUGGCUCUGCUGAAGCGACAGGUAGAGGGCGAAAGGGAAUGCGAGGAUGACAAGGAUGACCAGGGUAAGGUCGGGGCACAAAUGAACAUCAGAAAGACACCUCUCAUAAAGUAUCGGCUACAAAUGACCACUGGAGGUAUUGAGCAUCUAGUCCAGGAGACUAUCCAACUACUUGACCUUGCUUUGCGCAAAGCAGACCUAUUUCUGCCCACACUGACCGCUGUUCAUGAGUUCAUUUAUGAAGUUGUUCGCUCCUCUGUGGUGAUUAGGAAGCAAACACAGCUUUUAUAA